UUCUGUGUUUAUUUGAUAAACAAAUUACAAAUAAUAUUUUAAAAUUUAAACUCUCAUUUAAACAUUGGUUAAUGUUUUGAUUGAUUUAAAUUAAAUAUGUUUUAUACAAAACAUAAUAUGAAUAUUAAUUUUACGGAAUAUAUAUAUUUAAUAUACAAUAUUCUGUAAAAUAUUGUCAAAAUCUUGAAUUAUUUGGUAAUUUCAUAAUUAAUAUGCAAUUUUUAUAAUUAAUAUAUCUAACAAACAGAUAAUUGUGAAUAAAUGCAAUUAAAAUGAUUGCAAACAUUUCAUCGUCGGUCAUAACUACGGGAAUGCAUAACACAAAUAAUCAACACUUUUGUCGCAAUGGAAUAAUAGUGAAUUCGUUGCCUUCAAACCCAACACGUGAAGAGUGUUGGCGAGUGAACUGUUCCAAUCCAGUGAUCACCUGCAUUGUGGCCACAGUACUGCCCAUAACAAUCACAUCCCUUUUGAUCUGUGGUUUUAUGAUGCAGAAGAAUAAUCUUCACGAAUAUGCUAUCUAUACAUUUGUCAUCUUCUGUUUGGCCUUCAUAUUCCCGUUCGCUCUCUUCUUCUUCACAGUGAUUGUACAUAAGAUUUUCAAAUUUUAUAAGCGGUUUAACAACGAUUCAGAA